AUGGCUACCGUCAAACCGCGGCGGGAGCCACCGCCCCCGAACGACCUGGCAGAAUCACAGCCGCCCUCCGACGUUACCGACCCGGCCCUAGACCCGGACGCGGCGCACCCCGCAGGCCAGGCCAAGUACGGGCGCUUCAGGGCCUUCAUCCGCGCCCUCACAUUCUCAAUAUACUUCGGGUGUGGAUGCUUGAUUAUACACAUCACCCAGAUUCUCGGCGCCCCGUUGUACUUCGUCAGCAGCGACCUCUACCGCGCGUAUAUGUCGCUGACGAAGGCGUCUUUCGGCCUCCUGAUCACGACCAUGACGCAGUGGUGGGCACCAACCGUCAUAAGGAUAAGCGGAGAUUCUUCCGUUGCUGCCCAGUUGCGCCUUACGUCUGAUGGCAGAGUCGAGUGCGAUUUUCCCGAGCGCAUGGUGAUGAUUGCGAACCAUCAGAUAUACACAGAUUGGAUCUACUUGUGGUGGGUCGGCUAUACCAACACCCCCAGCAUGCAUGGGCACAUCUACAUCCUACUCAAGGAAUCGUUGAAGCGGAUUCCCGUCAUUGGACCGGGUUGCCUGUUUCUUGGUUUCAUAUUCUUGUCCCGCAAGAUGGCCGUGGAUAAGUCGCGCCUGGCCCGUGGCCUUGGCAAACUCAAGACCCGACACACGGACCUUGAUGGGAAAAGUUAUCUGAGCCCCAUGUGGCUUCUACUUUUCCCCGAAGGCACCAAUCUUUCCGCCAACGGCCGAGUCAAGUCGGCGAGCUGGGCCGCAAAGUUGGGCGUGCGCGAUGCGGAGCAUCAGAUGCUACCUCGCAGCACCGGCAUGUUCUUCUGUUUAAACGAACUGAAGGGGACCGUGGACUACGUUUACGACUGCACCGUAGCCUACGAAGGCGUCCCCCGCGGAAAAUAUGGCGAGCAAUACUUUACGCUGUCAAGCACCUACUUCCAAGGACGACCUCCGAAAUCCGCGAAUUUCUACUGGAGACGGUUCAAGCUCGACGAUAUGCCCCUCGACGACCAGGAGAAAUUUGACGAGUGGCUCCGCGAGCGGUGGUACGAAAAGGAUGCCCUACUUGAGCAGUACAUGUCGACCGGCCGAUUCCCCGCUAACGAGGCGGGAGUCAGGGGGUAUAUCGAGACCGAAGUGCGAACCCAGCACUGGUGGGAAUUUUCCAAGAUCUUCGUCAUGCUUGGCACCUUUGGCUUGAUACUCAACGUGAUGCUUCGAACGAUGCGCUUCCUUGCCCGCGCUUAG